GAAUACACGCCGUAUAAUGUCUCGUUUAAUGUUGUGCAAUCUUGGUAAUACGUCCACGGCAGGAAAUGAUACAAAUAACAAUGCGAAUACAAACAGUAGUAUGGAAGACGAUGACUAUUAUCCGUUACCUACAAUUUAUCGCUGCCGUGCACCUAUAGCGAGUCUGGAUUGCAUGGAAGAAUUCAACGGUGGUAGCGGUGGUGGCGGUGGCGGUGGCGGUGGCGGCGGUGGUGGCGGCGUUGGUGGCGGCGGCGGUGGUGGUGGCGGUGUAGAUACUGGCGUGCACUGCAGCAAUACUGCUGGAACGAAGGAACAGCUACUGACUAACUGCAUUGCCGCACAAGCGCAACGCUUACAGCAUCCUUCGCCAGGUAUUCGCUACCGCAACUUGGGCAAAAGCGGUCUACGUGUUUCCAAUGUUGGAUUAGGUACAUGGACGACUUUCGGUAUCGGAGGUUGCAGUAGCGAAGAGGCAGCUGAAGCGGUGGUUGCCCUCGCCUAUGACAGUGGAAUAAAUGUAUUUGAUUUGAGCGAAGCACACAGCGGACACCGAGCAGAAAUCCAAUUUGGGCGAAUUUUGUUACGACGUGCUUGGAAUCGUUCGAGUUACGUCGUUACCACUAAGAUAUAUUGGAAUACCAAAGCGGAGGGUCGUGGAUUAUCCCGCAAACACAUCAUUGAGUCGGUGCAGGCAUCUUUGGUCAGACUGCAACUCUCUUACAUCGACAUAGUAAUGAUUCACAAAGUUGAUCCAAUGUGUCCUAUGGAAGAGAUUGUACGCGCUAUGAACUACGUUAUAAGCAAAGGUUGGGUGAUGUACUGGGGAACGUCUCGUUGGACACCCGUCGAGAUUAUGGAAGCUUAUACGAAUUGUCGUCAAUUUAAUUGUGUCACACCGAUUGUGGAACAAGCCGAAUAUCAUUUAUUUUAUAGAGAAAAGCCAGAACUUUAUAUGCCGGAAUUGUACAACAAAAUAGGGGUUGGUCUGAUGGCAUGGUCCACGGUCACAAUUGGGAUGGUUUCCGCGAAACCGGAAGACUAUGGUGUGUCCUUUUUAUCAAGAUCUUCUUACAAGAAUAAAUAUUCCUCGUUCAGCUGGACAGAGGAUGAAACUCAAUCUUUGUACAAAGAAGAAUAUGGGUGGAAAGAAAAGUCUGCCGACGAUGAGACACGAAAAUAUUCGGACAAAUUACGAGACGUCUGCGCUCUUGCCGAACGACUUGGCUGUUCGUUCGGACAGUUAGCCAUCGCGUGGUCUUUAAAGAAUGAAAGUGUUCAGUGCCUUCUGCUUGGUGCAUCAAACAUGGAUCAACUAUACGAGAGUCUUCAAAGUUUACAGCUGAUUCCAAAACUGAAUGCGAAUAUAAUGAACGAAAUCGAAAGAAUACUCGACAACAAACCGUCCCGACCACCGAUGAUCUCUACUCUGGCACUCAGAUGACAAUCAAUUUGCCCUCACGGAAGUGGUGGGGGCUCCCUAGAAGAUGGUGGUAGCCCGAAAAGCGAGGGCGCGAAUAGUCAAGAUCAGGAAACAACCAAGGAAUUAACCGGCAAAUUACCAUUUUGCGAAAUACAAUGAAAACACGUAAAAACCUUUACGUACAUGUUUGUGCAUAUUAUGAUCUUGGUCGAAUCAAUAUGAAUCGAGCCUAGUCGAAUCUACAUAUACGGAACAAAUCGAAUAAGGCCAAGCUGGCAAUGAGAAAAAGUUUUCCAUUUAUAUGCAGCAUAUUAAUCAGCGUUUGACGCCCAUCGCGCGAGUGUUUUCACAUAAAUGAAUCGACGACAAUACUAAUGAUUACGGUUAUUUAUUAUAAUUACAGUUACGAUUACGCCUACAACGACUAU